AUAUCUGGGUUCAGAAAAGUGACCCUAAGAGGGCAGAGUCCUGUUUGUGUUCAGGGUUCACAGGAGACAUACCUUGUACAGGUCAUUAGGAAAUCUGGAACAUUUGGCUCCUCCUUUGAUGGAGGGACUGAAGCUCCUCUAGGAGCCUACUGCUCGAUAACAGACACAUUUCUACUGGCAUCUCUUGACUGUGGCCAAGGCUCUGGAACACCACCUCCCUCCCCGUGGCCAAAGCAUCAAUCAUUCACCACACAGGCUGGUGCUUGCACUCCAUGCAACCAUGUCGUCAUACCCCAUGAGGCGGUAGUGACUGGAGCUAACAAGAGCCUUGACUUCGCCACCUCAAGGGACCUGUGCCGGAAUUUCCCUGGGGACGUGGUGCUCACUGUGAGAGACCAGACACGGGGACGGGGACGGGCAGCCAGGCAGCAUCUCAAAGCUGAGGGCCUGAGCCUGCACUUCCACCUGCUGGCCAUUGACAACCUGCAGAGCAUCCGCACCCUGCGUGACUUCCUGUGGGAGGAGUUUGGAGGCCUGGAUGUACUGGUCAAAAAUGCAGGCAUCACCUUCAAGUCUGAUGAUCCCACACCCCUACAUAUUCAAGCAGAAGUGACCCUGAAGACAAACUUCUUUGGCACCCGAGAUAUAUGCACAGAACUGCUGCCUCUAGUGAAACCCCAAGGCAGAGUGGUGAAUGUGUCUAGCGUAAUGGGCUUCGUAACCCUUAAACAGUGCAGCCCAGAACUGCAACAGAAGUUUACAAGUGAGGCCAUCACAGAGGAGGAGCUGGGGAUGCUCAUGGACAAGUUUGUGGAAGAUGUAAAGAAUGGAGUGCACAAGAAGGAGGGCUGGCCUGAUAUGAAACUAGUCACCUAUGGAAUAUCAAAGAUGGGUAUCACCAUUCUGUCCAGAAUCCAUGCCAGGAAACUGAGUGAGCAGAGGAGAGAUGACAAGAUCCUCCUGAAUGCCUGCUGCCCUGGGUGAGUGAGAACACACAUGGGUGGAGCAGAUGCCAUCAAAAGCCCAGAAGAUGGAGCAGAGACGCCUGUCUACUUAGCCCUUUUGCCCUCAGAUGCUGAGGGGCCUCAUGGCGAGUUUGUCAUGGAAAAGCAAGUUGAACAAUAGGGGCUCCCCUUUCGGUGCCCUUUGUGGUUCCUUACUAUAAUCUCCUCAUGACUGACCAAAAAGACUGCUAUCCUGUCAGCAGUAUUCUUAUAAAAAAAUGAAAGAGGGGCAGCCCUGGUGGUGCAGCGGUUUGGCGCUGCCUGCAGCCUGGGGUGUGAUCCUGGGGACCGGGAUCGAGUCCCACAUGGGGCUCUCUGCAUGGAGCCUGCUUCUCCCUCUGCCUGUGUCUCUGCCUCUCUCUUCUGUGUGUGUGUCUAUGAAUAAAUAAAUAAAAAUCUUAAAAACAAUAAAAAUAAAAAAUAAAUAAAAGAGGGUUGAGGGAAUCACUAUUGCUAUUGAGGACUCACACUGAAUUGCCUACUAAUUCUGUGAAGUUUCUGUGAUUUCUUCUGUGAUAUGGAAGAAAAAAUGGAGUGGAUGACAAUAAUAAAUGAACAUUACAUGCGAAUAAACAAUUCUAAGUCAA